AUGGCACGCUCAUUCGUCGCCAAGGACGAAAACGGCAAGCUUGCUAUUCGAAAGCCACGUGACGGCGAUCAGCUUUUCCGAGGCACUCCGAGAUACUGUAGUCUGAAUACUCACUACAGAAAAGAGCAGGGUCGGGUUGACGACUUGUGGUCAUGGCUUCAUAUGCUUAUCGAGCUUCACAUUGGGCUGCCGUGGAAUCGUAUAAAUGAUGAAAAAGCCAUACUCGCUCAAAAAGAAAAGAUCACACCAAAGGACUUAAUACGAACUUGUCCAGAUGAAUUUUAUAAGAUACGCGAUUACUUAGAAACGUUGAAGUAUGAAGAUCGGCCAGACUAUCAUGGACUUUUUAGUGAGGUUAGUCACAUGAAAUGGCUCUCGAAACCAGGAUCAACCGUCCUU